GUAUCUCCUCCAUCUUGUUUGAGACCCGGAUGGGAUGCCUUCAGCAGGAGAUCCCCCCCGACACGCUGCGCUUCAUCGCGGCGGCUAACGACAUGCUAACGCUGUCUGAAACGGUGGUUAUUUUCCCCCGAUGGAGCCGCGGCGUCCUGCCCUUCUGGGGGCGCUUCGUUCAGGCCUGGGACGACCUCUAUGACGUAGCUCGGACCCUCAUCGACAGGAGGAUCUGUGAGAUCGAGGCUCAGGUGAGCAGCGGAGAGCCGGUGGAGGGCUUGUACCUGACGUACCUGCUGACCUCAGACCAGCUGAGCAGGAGCGAGGUUUACACCUGCAUCACGGAGCUGCUGCUGGGGGGGGUCGACACGACCUCCAACACUUUGUCGUGGACUCUGUACCACCUGGCGAGGGACGGGGGGGCUCAGGAGCGUCUCCACAGAGAGGUGGUCUCCGUGUGUCCGGACCUCCAGGAGCCAAACUCUGACGACCUGAGCCGGAUGCCCUUCCUGAAGGCCGUCAUCAAGGAGACGCUGCGCCUCUAUCCCGUGGUUCCUGGAAACGGACGCUUCGUUUCGGAGGACGAGGUGGUCGUGGGAAACUACUGGUUCCCGAAGAAGACGCAGUUCCACCUGUGCCACUACUCGCUCUGUCACGAUGAAGAUCAGUUUGAAGACGCGGAGCUGUUCAAGCCGGAGCGAUGGCUGCGAGGCGAUUCCUCUCGAAGCAAGUCGACGACCGGAUCCUACAAUCACCAUCCGUACAGCUUCAUCCCGUUCGGGGUGGGGGUGCGAGGCUGCGUCGGGAAGAGGGUGGCGGAGAUGGAGAUGUACUUCGCCCUGUCCAGGCUGAUGCAGAAGUUCGAGGUGCAGCCUGAGCCCGGUGCACCCGUGGUGGAGCCCAAAACUCGAACCCUGCUCAUCCCCGGGAAGCCCAUCAACCUGCGCUUCCUGCCGCGAGCCUGAGGGAUUCUGCAGAAACUAUUCAAAGUGUGCAACACAAGUCCAACUACAUCUCUGUCUUCGCUCUUUGAAUGCAGCAUCGUGCACAGGACGAAAUGCACACACGUCUGCACAUAACUUUACUAAAAUAAGUCACUGAAUGACAGCAUAGAACAGGGCAUUUCUGGUAAUCAUUUAUCCAUAUCUGCUUUGACUGGAAGAGAUGCAGCACACUUCAAUACAGGAGUUAAUUAAUCAAAAGACAGUCCUGAUAUUCUCAGGGCAUAGCAUAGCAUCACUGUGAGACUAAUCUGACAUCAAAUACAAUGUUUUUUAACGUCAAUAAAGGUAGGAGGCAACUAAGACAUGGAAGGAGAAGAGGGAAGUAAACAAGGAGGCGAUGAAGGAAAGGAAGAAUGAGAAAGGAGGUAGUGUUGUACCAAUCCUGGAAGAUUCUUAAUACCGUUGUUAUCGUGUAGAUAUCUGCUUUAAAUGCUUUUCCACAAAUAAA